GGAUGUCUUACUUUCACGUCUUCAAGAGAAACUCCGUGCUUCGGGGUUAUUGUCGUCUUUUUGUCACGUUUCUUUUCAUUUUUUUUCUGGUGCAGCAUAGGAUUGUCUAAAGAGAUCGUUUCAUUCAUUUGAAGAGCUGAAGACCGGUUUUACGUAACUUAUUUAAAACAAAACAGACAAGGCACUCUCAAAAUGAUGACCGCCAGAGAACGAUGGCGAGUUUUCAAGCGCAUCAGCAUCAUGUUCUUCCUGGCUGCAGUCACGCUUACUGUUUUCCACAGAGGAGACUUCCAAGACUUCCAGAGCGACAGGAUCGAGAGACAGGUGCGGAUGGAGCUCAUGGCGAAAGGCGACAAAAAAGACUUGAUUAGCAUAAACUUCUGGAAGAGCGUUCAAAGAGUGGAGGCUACCACAGAAGGAGCGAGGUUGACCCAAAAGCAAAUCCCCACGACAUGGGACGUCUCCAGCUCCAACUGCAUCGUCAACCUCAACUUCUCUUCCUUGGAGUGGUUCACGGGUCUGGAAGACAACUUCAAGCAAUUCCUGCUUUACAGGCACUGCAGGUACUUUCCCAUCCUCAUGAAUCACCCAGAGAAGUGCGCCGGAGACGUAGACAUGCUGAUGGUCAUCAAGUCGGUAAUAACACAGUAUGAUCGACGGGAGGUCAUCCGGCAAACUUGGGGUAAAGAACAAGUGAUCAACGGGAAAAGAAUCAAGACGCUUUUCCUUCUCGGAACGUCUUCCAACGAGGAAGAAAGGGCGAACCAUCAGAAGCUUCUGGAAUAUGAGGAUUACAUCUACGGAGACAUCCUGCAAUGGGACUUCAUGGACAGCUUCUUCAACCUGACCCUCAAGGAGAUCCACUUCCUCAAAUGGUUCUCCAUCUACUGCGGAAACACCCGCUACAUCUUCAAAGGCGACGACGACGUGUUCGUCAGCGUUCCCAACAUCUUGGAGUAUCUGGAAGACAGCAAAGACUUGAAGGACCUCUUCGUCGGCGACGUUCUCUUCAAAGCCAAACCCAUUCGCAAAAAGCAGAACAAGUAUUACAUCCCGCAAGCCUUGUAUAAUAAGACGCUCUACCCGCCGUACGCCGGCGGAGGCGGUUUCCUGAUGGACGGACCUCUGGCUCGGAAACUCUACGGGGCUUGCGAAACUCUGGAACUCUAUCCCAUCGACGAUGUAUUUCUUGGGAUGUGUCUGGAGGUGCUUCAGGUGACCCCAAUAAGGCACAACGCUUUCAAAACCUUUGGGUUGGUGAAGAAUAAGACCAGUCGACUCAACAGGGAGCCGUGCUUCUUUAAGAGCAUGCUAGUGGUGCAUAAACUGCUCCCGCCGGAUUUGAUAGACAUGUGGAAACUGGUCAACAGUGACUUGAUCUGUUCGCAGAGAAUGGACUUCUUGUAGUCCCAGACUUUCUGAAUCUGAAACAGGUCAGAAUUCGUUCAGAAACGAAACCAAACGAAGGGUGAGAACUUUGAGAACUUGCUCGAAGAGAAUACGUUCUCCUUUUUUGAGGAGAUUUCUGGACAAUAUUUUAACUUAAUUUAUGUGCAACAAAUGAUGCGACUAAUAUGUAGAUGGUUC